UAUCCUUUGCUGCGCGAAGAAUAAUACCGAAGAAACCGGAUAUCAUUUAUACGCUUAAAUGUGAUAAUACUAAAGAAUUUGUUGUUAAAAGAAAGUGGAAUGCUUUUAGUACUAGUACUGCUUUAAAUAAGUUUAAUGAUUCCAAAACUUAUUUUGACAAUAUUUGCAAUCCUACAAAAGAAAAUAAACAACCACUAUCAUCCAGUCUCAUGUUUCGAGAAAUUACUAAAAAUUUCGAUGGAUCUAAUAGUAUAAAAUUAGCAGAACAAGAACAAAGUGUUACCAUAAUAAGAGUUGUCGAUGAAUUUAUUGGCUUUUUAAAACAAGAAGACUUUGGUAUCGUUAAAAUAUUUACUGAACAUCCUACUGUAUUUAAUAUAACUGUUCUCGUAAACGUAAUUCAAGGAUUUAAUGAGUUAGCAAAUACAGGUGUUAAAAAGGUUGUUCUUGAUUUAUCUGACAAUACUGGUGGACUAUACUUUGUCGUCCUAUUUAUCAAUUUACUUUUAUUUCCUAACACUUAUCCUACCUUUGUCUUUGAUCUAAGAAUUACUGAACAAAUGAGACUUGCAGUUACUGAACAAUUUCGACUUGCAACUUCAAAUAAUAUUUUCGACAUAAAAGAAUUUGUUAAUGCAAAUUCUCAUGCCAAUUUUACAAGUGCUGAUAACUUCUUUGGCAAUAAUGUUUAUACACGUGGUGGAGUUGUGGGGAAUUAUUCGAAUAAAUAUACUGAAAAUGACAUUGUAAUCAAUGAGAUUAGUCAAUUUAUUAAACAAAGUUUAGCAAAUCCCCUUCCUUGGAAACCUGAAGAUUACAUUAUUUUAACUAAUGGUUUAUGUG